AUGAGAAUUAUUUAAUAUUUAGUAAUUUUUAUAGCAUUCAAUUGCUUAGUAUUAGCUUCUAAUGAGGAGAGCUAGAAUCUACCAUCUCAUUUGAGAAAACAGACUAGACAGCUUUAAAGUUGUCCAUCCAAUUGCGAUCUUUGUGACUUAGAUGGAUUUUGCUUGUAGUGUAGUAACUUAAGAGUAUUUCCUAACUGCAGCUGUUAGUUAGGAUAUUAUGAAUCCUAAGGAACAUGCAAAUAAUGCAAACCAGGCUGUAUGAGUUGUACGUCUGAUAAUGAUUGUUAAGCGUGUUUUUCUAUUUACGUUUACAACGCAGCUACAACAAAUUGUGAUUGCAAUAUUCCACAUGUGGGAGGAUGUGAAGACUAAUAAACUGGAAUUUUAAUAUACAUUACAAGAUUGAAUACUGAUUUAAGAUCUUUUGUGGUUACGUUCAAUUAGAUGAUUACCAUGGUGGGAGUGCCUUUAGAUUAAUAAUUUUCGGGUUCAUUUCAAAACUGUUAAUAAAUUCUUGAUCCAAGUACCGUAUAGGUCUACAAUAAUAAUUCUCCAACUGAAUAGAUACCAAAUUGUCUAAUUGAUCCCUUAAAUAGAAACCAGUUCAUUAUUUUUUUUACUACAGCUCCUAGCUCAAGCAUUUACUCAUCAAAUUAGCCGAAAUUUAUAUUGGCUAAUUUGAAUGUAAAUAUCAAUUAGAAAGCUAUUCCUGCUACUCAAAUCUAUUAAAAAGAGCCUAAUGUUAGUGUUUAGCAUAAUAAAAGAACUAAAAUUUGUGCUUUUAGUCUAACUAACUAUGUAUACCAGUAUUCUAGUACUUAAGAUGUUGCGUUCGUCAGCCUUACUGAUAUUGGAAUUUAUAGUGUAGUUAAUAUUGAUAAAAUUUAGAUAGCAAGCCCUUCUUAGUACUCUAAUAUUUAGUUCACUUUUUCAUUAAAUAUUAAUAAAUAAGGUUAUGAAAUUAAAUUUAAUUCUAAUCCAUUAAUUGAUGAUACAAUUUAACUGUUUGUUUAAUGUUCUAUACCUUUUGGAAUUACUUAAACUGAUACAGCCACAGUUAAAAUUUCUUCAACUUAACCAUCUUCUCCUUACAGUAUAUUUAUUCCUUAUGUAGGAAAUUCCUUUUCCACCUAUAUCGAUGCAGGUUUUAUUAUAAAUGUUUUGAAUUUUCCAUCUAUAUAAGAUUAUCAAAUAUAAAUAAGCUUUAUACCUUAGUUUUAAACCACUCAAACUAUCUAAUGUAAUAGUUUUACUACAUUAUAUAACGUAAUUAUCCCUGCUUAUACGAUUAAAUAUACAACCAGCGUCUAUUUGCUAAUAAGGGUCUUUGAUAUAAAUGGUAUUCUUAGAGGAAAAGGUUAUAUAUAAUAUAUUAAUUUAGCAUACUAGUUCUUAGGUUAAAACUCUCUGACUCCAAUUAGUUAAAGUAAAUUAAAUCCUACAGCUAAUAUUUAAAUAGCUUAAGAUACUUCGCAAUUCAUUUUGUCAUAAGCAAAAUAUUUUAAUCCAUAAUUUUACAUUUAGACUUGGUUUUGCCUAGACAGUAAUGGUAAUCCUUGUCUAGAUCCAUAAUAGAAACCUCUGAAAUUAAUUUAGAAUGGGAGUAAUAUAGUGAAAAUCAGUGCAAACUCUCUGCCCUUAAAUACUUAAUACACUAUUUACUAUUAGCUGAUGAAUCAAGGCUUCCCUUUUAGUAAAUAGUAUGCAUCAUACUAAAUCGACUCCGGUAACUCCUAUCCAUACGCAAUUAUUUAAGGAAUUAUACCUUAAGGACUUUAAUUUGUAAGAGUUAAUUUAUAGGAUGUUGUCUACGUUAGUAUAUAACUACAUACAGACUUUGCUUAUAAAAUAAGCUAUGCGCAAUAUACUCUAACACUUAGCUAUAAUAAUGUUUAACAUACAAUCUAGUAGGUAUCUAACUAGUUCUCAUUUAUACUGUAAGAUUAUUUUCCUAAUCCAGAUUUUUCCUAACUUGUUGGUGUACAUUUAACUUAUUCAAUAUAUGACUUCUACUUCCAAUAGAACAUACCUUAGUUAAAUUCAAAUCCACCCUCUACCAUUUAUGUAAUUCCACCUCCUUCUCCUAUAUCAUUGACAAUCCCGAACUAAGCAUACACAGCUUUUUAAGAUUAAGUUUCAAUAACUUUUAAUCCCACAGAUAAAACAAAAUUUUACUAAUUUUUCUACUAUGAGAGCCAAGCAGAUCUACUCUUUGAAAUUUAAAAUCCCUUAUAACCAAAAAGAAAGAUGCUUUCAACUUAGUCUGCUGUAUAAUAAAUAAAUUGCUUAUUACCUGCUGGAAAUAUUGUAGUUAUGGGAGUUUAUUUUGAUCCACAAUACUAUACUUAUGCAAACACUACAUAAACUGUACAAAUUAAUAAUAACAACUUUAAUUAGCAAACCAUAUAAACCUUUGUUAACAACCAAAUGACAUAAGCUCAAAGCUACUAAAAUUAAAAUCUUUACUAGAAUGAGAUAUUUGCAUACUAAAACAUAUUGGGUUCUAUUGAGUAGUUUGAAGCAGCUAACACUUCUCCUUCCUAAGUUAAUCAAGUAAAAAUAUAAAUUUUAAAUAGACUCAUGUAAAGCGUUUGGACUUAGUAGUUUGAUGAUAGCUACACUCUUUCUGGUUAAAUCAUUUAAAAAUUAAUAGUUUCAUAAUUUUAGUUGGAUCCAUAAUCAUAAUUGUUUUAACAGCUCUAAUAAUCUACUGUAAGCAGAAUUAACUAAAUGCAUAAUGCAGUUCAAUAGAAAUCAGUUGCUUUAUCAAUAGCAUAAAUUAACUUCUUUAGAGAGAACUUUCAAGUUGUAUCUAACACUUACAUGGAGUUAAUUAAAGCAAAUUCUAACUAAGGAUUUAUUAGCAACUCUGAUAUCGAAAAUUAUACUAAUUAAAUAAUGAAUGGAUUUACUUAUUUGCUUCAAACUAACCAGUCUCCUAUUGACUUCCCCACAUCUCAAGCUAGUUUUCAUAUUGAAAAUAAUGACAAUCUAGUCUUUUUUAAUAAUUACUAUAGCUAAGUUGUAUAAAAUUUAGAUCCCUAUGCUUCCACUAAUUUUAAUUAUUAUGUUACUGUUUCUAGUUGGUCUAAUAGCACCUAUUUAUAUCGUGAUGAGCUCAUUUAAUAUAAUUAACAAUAUUUAUCUCAAGCUAACCAAACAGUUUAAACUCUAUUAAAUAGAACUUACGGAAUGAAGAUACCAAAUGUUUAUACUAAUAAUUAACCCACUCCUUCAAACUCUAGAAUGAGAUUUUUAUAAUCUUAGAGCACUAGUGUUCCUAGUGGAUUUACUUUGAACUUUGGUCCUGUUUCAUAAGAAGAAAAGCUUAAGUGCAUUUAGCGUCAGCCUACAGGAAACUGGGUUCACAACAGCUGUCAAACCUCAAUUGAGAUGAAAAAUAAUUAGAGGAUUAUUAAAUGUGUUUGCUAAACACCUCAAGUCACAUCUGUUAUCUCUGAUAUAACUUAGUUAUUAGAUAAUAAAAAUCUUUAAAAGAUCUUCAGUGAAGAUGGUAUUGCUGGUUUAGCUUAACUUACUAAUUGGUAUGAGUAUGCUCCAAUAUGGACUAUGAUAGCUCUGAAUAUUGGCUUUGCUUUUAUGCUUUUUGCUGCUUACGGUUUUGAUAAAGUUGAUAAAUUAGCAAUAAGUUAAACUACUUCUUUAGUUUAUCCUAUGGACCAUUAACACUCAAAUAAAAAUAGUCAAAAGAAACCUAAAACACUAUUUUUAAAAGUAAAGAUAAAAAAAGCAAGUGAGUAUAAUUUGCAAAAUGAGAUGUAAUUAGAGACACUAUAAAAAUAAGAAAGCGGACAAGAAAAACUGGAAGUUUAACAACUUUUAGAUGAAAAAGCGGCUUCUAACAAUACAGAUAGCAAAGAAUAAAAUAAUUAAGGUUAAAAUAAAUUAAAAGUAAAAGAGGAGUAUUCAUCUUAAAAUUUUUAAACAUAAUUAUUAAUUAACGACAAAAGAAAUUCAUCAAAUUAAAUAGAAUAAAAUGAACUAUAAAAAUUAACAUAGCAUUAGUUUAAGCAAGGAAAUAAACAGGAUUAGCAAUCAUAAAAUAAUUAAGUCAAAAAAGUUCAAAAUGAUGUUUUAUUAACUAAUAUCGAAGUUACAGAUACCAAUAACUUGUUCGAUAAAGAACCUUCAUUAAAGGAAUAAGCUAAUUAAGACAAAUUUUAUCAAAAUAAAUCUCCAUAAAACAAGGAUAGACAUAGCUUAAAAUAAUAGGUUUCUAUUUAUUCCUAAGAUGGUCUUAGCAAAGAAUAAAAUCAAUAAAAAAAUGAAAACUUAAAUGAAUAAAAAUUAUAGAAAAAAAAGAGCUUAGCUGAUGAAGAUAGUCUCGAAAAAUAAAUUAGAAAAGAAGAUAAAGAAAUUGAUAAAAUAAAGUAAGAAGAAGAGAAAAAAUUCAAAGAUAAUUUAUCUAGGCAGAAAUUGAUUGAAUAUUUAAAUACAGAGAAGCCUAUUUAUGCUAUAAUGACAUAUCAUACUCUAUUUUAAACAUUUAUCAUAUACUAAGAAGACUAGUCUAGGCUAUUGAGAUUUAUUAUCUAUUACAAUAAAGUAAUAUGGCUAUUAACUCUUAAUUCUAUAUUUGGAAAAAAUAUAAGCGUUGUCUAGGUCAUUGUUUUAAGUAUUGUUACAACUAUAGUACUUUAAGUUGUUACAACAAUUAUUCAAAUACUUUUAAAAUAUAAGAAACUUAGAAUAAUAGGCUUGUUUAUUACUUUCUUGUUUUGCUUAUUUUGCUAUUAUAGUAUUCUUGUAGUAAUUGCUGGGCAAUCUGCUGAAGAUGCUAAUAUCUGGAUUAUCUCAUAUUUUGCAGUCUUUAUCCUUAAUGAAUUUGUCAUAGGAUUUGGUAUAUGCGCUGCUAUGUAUUAUGCUUGCAAAAAAAUUAUUCUUAAAGCUCAAACCAAUACAUUUUUAGAAUUUCUAGGAGCAAGUCCACUUCUCCAAGCUUUUAGCAGCUGA